AUGAACGCUGAUAUGAAGCUUGCUGUGAAUUCCUGUCGGGUGAUUAACGGUGAAGAGAAAGCAAAUUUAUAUAACACACUUUCAGGCACGAUUGAAAAAUGUCAAGAUUUAUAUUUGAAGGAGCCCAAAACUGGUGCGCAUCUGCCACAACAAACAGAAGCUACUUGGCCCGUUGUAUCUCAGGAAGAGGAGCAUGAUGUUAUUAUAAUUGAAUCUACAGCUGAUGGCGAAUGUAUUGAUUUAACUAAUACAAAAGUGAUCAAUAACAAAAAGAAAAUGAAAGCUAAGCUGCUGCAAUUUCAUGAUAAUCGUCGCCCUCCUUACUGGGGUACUUGGAGGAAAAAAAGUAGUUUUGUGGGACCUCGAAAACCUCUUGGUCUAGAUAAGAAAACUUUCGAUUAUGAAGUUGACUCAGAUUCAGAAUGGGAAGACGAAGGAGAAGGAGAAGAAAACCAAAAUAGUGGUGAAAAUGGUUAUUUAUUAGAUAAUACUUUUGUCCCUCACGGAUAUCUAAGUGAUGAAGAAGUGCACCCCGACGAGGAAGUUGAUGAAAAUGACCCUGAAAAUUUGAAACUACGAAUGAAGUUGUUGAAACAGGAGUUUGACGAAGAAAUGAGAAGUAAAACUGAAAGACUAAAACCUCGCCUUUUGGGUUGUGUUUGGAUCAGCAAUGGCACAACUGAAGUCAGUACAGGCAGCCUUUAUGAAACUCUUCUGCGGUUUCGAGCAGUUUGGAAUGAAGAAGGUGGUGAAAUUGGUAUGACUGGUCCAGAAAUCGAAGAAAGUCCUACGCUCCUACUUCCUCAUCAUAUAGAAGAAAAACUUAAAUUAAAACAAGAAAAAGAAGAUUUGAAGCGAAAAGAAAGAGAAGAAAAAGAAAAAAAAAUACAAGCAGAACUGAAAAUUAAGGAAGAAGAGAAAAGACUUAAAGAAGAAGAAAGAAAGCAGAAAGAGGAAGAAAAAAGAUUAAAGGAGGAAGAAAGAAAACAGAAGGAAAAAGAAAGAUGA